AUGGCCAGGGGCACGACCGAGUACGUUCGCGAGUCGAGCGACGCGUUCAGGUCUGAUCUGCCGUUGCCCGCUCUGGCCAGCGAGUUUUUCGACGGGUCGAUUAAAAUGAUGUCGCCCGGCAUGCCUGUCACCCGCUUGGUGACCAAGCUGGCCGGGUCGGUAGGUUUGCGGGCCACAAUCAAGUCGCCCAUCUCGAUGUUGCGGCCAAACUUGUACCGUUUGUCCACCACGGCGCUGUCGUUGACCACGGCCAGCGUGGGCAGCAUGCUCUCGCCCGUGGUGUCGCUCACCUCGACCAGGUGCGACGAGAUCACGUGCAACGCGGCCACGGUCCGGACGGUGUACGACAGAAUCUUGCCCGCUGAGUAUAUAUGGUUCAUUGGAGACAAAAUUUAUUUGAAUAAUUUUCUUAUGGCGUACGAACAGCGCAAGCAGCUGGAGCAGCUGAUGGGCAAGGACGCGCUCGUGCGGCUGCCGCGGGACCACGACGUUCGGCGUGUGCAGCCCACGGACCCGUCGAUGCUGGACUCGCCGCGCGUGUGCAAGAGCUUUCUGGUGGGCAAGUGUCCGUACGACCUGUUCCAGGGCACCAAGGAGGACCUGGGGCCUUGCCCGAAGAUUCACCAGGAGAAGCUCAAGAUCCUGUACGAGACGUGUGUCAAGAACGGCGUCAAGAUGCCCAACAACAACUACAGACUGGACUACAUGCGCGAUUUGGAGCGGGUUGUUGGUGAGUGCAAUCGGAAAAUACGAGCUGCUGAGAAACGGCUGGAGCUGUCGGCGGAGGAAAAGGAGAAGCUGUCGAGCGUGACGCAGCAGCUGGACGAGCUGGACGAGAAGGUGGGGCUGAUGUUGCAGGAGAUCGCGCUGCUUGUGGAGAAAGGCGAGCUGGAGCUGGCGUUGGAGUGGAACAAAGAGCUGGCCACGGUGGUGAAAAAUCGAGAUGGUAUUGCAAACCAGUACACAGAAAUGGUGGAGAACAUCAACCAGUCGGCGCAGCAGAAACUGCAGGUGUGCGAGCAAUGUGGGGCGUACCUCUCGCGGCUGGACACAGACCGUCGUUUGGCAGACCAUUUUGUGGGGAAGAUGCAUUUGGCGUACGUUGAGAUGCGCCGGGCCCUUGACGAGUUGAAAGGUGGGUGA